AUGGCCGAUUCAUUACAAACACAACCUCCACCAACAACCUUCUACCAGCUAUCUUACCCCAAACCUGGGAUUAUUCUAGUGACCAUCGACCGAGAAAAACAGCGAAAUUCUCUGCCCGCAGAAGCACACUGGGAAGGCCAUGCAUUAUUCUCAUGGUUCGAUGAAGAACCAUCCUUGCUCGUCGCAGUGGUCACCGGCGCAGGCGAGAAAUCAUUCUGUGCCGGUCAAGAUUUGACCGAGCAAGCUACAUCACGUCGCGGACCCAAAACUGCAGCCCAGCAAGCCGUCAUGAACCAUCCUCCCAGCGGCUUUAUGGGUCUCAGCCAGCGAAGAGGGAGAAAACCUGUUCUGGCAGCCGUCAAUGGCUUUGCGCUCGGUGGGGGAUUUGAAAUAUGUCUUAAUUGCGAUAUCAUCGUCGCAUCUCCAGAAGCUCAAUUCGGGUUACCAGAAGUUGCUGUGGGCCUGUAUGCCGCAGCAGGCGGUCUCCCUCGACUGAUGCGAAUCGUGGGACUACAACUCGCUUCCGAGAUCGCAAUGACCGGUCGGCGACUCUCCGCCCAAGAAGCACUAGACUACCGAUUGAUCAAUCGAAUCUCGAAGUCCCCACGAUCUGUCGUGGAAGAAUGCAUCGAAAUGGCAGUCCGCAUCACGAGCUUCUCACCAGAUGGGAUCAUAGUUACUCGGCAGGGAUUGCGGGAGGCUUGGGAUAAUCCGAGUGUGGAACAUGCAACUACACGGACGAGACAUGAAUAUGUCAAUAAGCUUGUUGCAGGUGACAAUUUUAAGAUUGGCGUUGAGGCGUUUGCGAUGAAGAAGAAGCCCGAAUGGGUCCCAUCGCUCACCACUGCAACUAUGAUUCCAGUUAUCAUCGGCGUUGCCGACAUCAAAAACCGAUCUGCCAAGCCUGAGGAUGCCAAAGAACCGGCGACUUUGAUGCUGGAGUCUAUCAAUGCAGCCAUUAACGAUGCAACCAAAUCAUCAGCAACUGGGGCAAAGUUACGCUCCAGUAUCGACAGCAUCGACGUCGUGAAGACAUGGACCUGGCCAUAUUCCGAUUUACCUGAAUUUCUAGCUCAGAAACUGGAUGUGCGACCAAGACACAAAAGCUACACUGAUCAUGGCGGAAAUCAACCGGCGAAGCUUUUGGACGACGCUGCGAGGCGUAUCGCAACUGGAGAGAGCCACGUUGCUGUUUUGACGGGCGCAGAAGCUCUUGCAUCAUUGGCCUGCUGUGUCAAGGAAGGUAAAAUGCCACCUCCCGGGUGGACUCCAGGGCCAGAGACCGAGUCAGUUACGGAUGUUUUUACUCCUACUGGACGAGAGCUCAAGAAGAAUAUCGGAGGCAUUCACUCAGUGGGAGCCCCAAUUCACAUCUACCCACUAUACGAAAAUGGGUUCCGAGCUCAUCGUGGUCAAUCUAUCGAAGAGAAUCAUGAAGAGUCGGCCAUUCUUUACGGCAAUUUCAGUGAGGUCGCGGCGUCGAAUCAGUAUGCGUGGAACCAUGGCCUGAAACCUGAAACGGCGAAUUCGAUUGGGACGAUCUCAAAGAAAAAUCGAAUGAUUUGUUUUCCAUAUCCUCUCUUGAUGAACGCAUUCAAUACGGUCAAUUUGGGUGCAGCUUGUAUUGUCACUUCAACCGAGUUUGCGAAGCAACUUGAGAUCCCGGAAGAUAAAUGGAUAUAUCCUCUUGGUGGCGCUGGAUUUAGAGAACGCGAUCUUUUCUGGGAACGACCAAACUACUUUGAAAGCUCCGCCAUAUCGCAGUCGCUUGAUAAAUGCCUAGAGCUCAGCUCGUUGAAAUCAGCAGAUAUUGAUAUCUACGACAUGUAUUCGUGUUUCCCGAUUGUUCCAAAACUAGCAUGCCAUCACCUCGGACUUUCAAUUACUAAACCAGAGAAGCCAAUCACCGUUCUCGGCGGUUUGACCUCAUUUGGAGGAGCUGGAAAUAACUAUUCUAUGCAUGUAAGGCUUAUCACUUAUGUUUCUAUCGAGAGAAUGCUAACUUGGAAGGCCAUCACCGAAAUGGCUCGCCAACUUCGCGCAGGUUCCGCCCGGAAUGGCCUUAUUUUAGCCAACGGCGGCUUCUUGUCUUAUCAGCAUGCAAUUUGUAUAUCGAACAGGCCGCGAAGAGACGGCAGCCAAUACCCAGACAGCAGUAUUUUCAACACUACGAUCCCCGAUCCAAUCCCGCCUAUGGAUCUUGAGGCAGAAGGAAAGUCCCAGAUAGAGACAUAUACCGUUGAAUUCGGUCGUGAUGGGCGUCCGACUCUUGCGCAUAUUGUGGGCCGUCUGUCAGGGAGUAACCAUCGAUUUUUGGCCAACCAUGGUGAUGAGGAAACUCUCCAUCGACUCGCCUCUAGGAGCGAAGAACCGAUUGGGAAGAUAGGCAGAGUGCUUGAUCACAAUGACGACUCUAUUGAGAUUGAAGAAAAUAUCUGGGAGCCCCCCUAUCCCCUCAGGCUCCGGUCUUGUCGGCCAAAAUUGACGCGUGCUAUGCAUUCGCGUGCUACGGAGUUCCUACAGAAUCAAGACCCAGAUCUCUCUGAUUCCCAACGCACUGUACGCGAGGCCAUCGGUAAAAUCUGCUCGGACUUCCCCGAUGAGUACUGGGCCCGAGUCGACGAGUCGAAGAAGUUUCCAACGGAGCUUUAUGACGCGUUAGCAAGCCAGGGCUGGCUGGGAAUCUGUUUGCCGCAACGUUAUGGGGGAUCCGAGCUCGGAAUCUCCGAGGCAGCAGUGAUGAUGCAGAGGAUUUCAGAAUCGGGCGCCGGUAUGACGGGUGCUUCAUCUAUCCACAUGAACAUCUUCGGUCUGGAGCCAGUUGCGAAAUUCGGGACAGAAGAGCAGAAGGAGAGGUGGCUACGACCCUUGAUUGCCGGUCGCGAGCGAGCCUGUUUUGGAGUCACAGAGCCUAACACUGGACUUGAUACACUGAAACUACAAUCUACAGCGCGUCGGAGUGGUGAUGGAUACAUACUCUCAGGGCAAAAGAUCUGGAUCUCAACUGCCAAACAGGCAGAUAAGAUCUUAAUCCUGGUCCGCACAACACCACUUGAUCAGGUACAAAAGCCAUCGCAGGGAUUAUCGCUGUUCUACACUGAUCUUCAAGUUCCUGAAGUUGAGAUCACGGAAAUACCUAAGAUGGGCCGCGCUGCUGUCGACACCAAUACUCUCUUCUUUGAUGAGUGGCAUGUGCCCAAGGUCGACCGUGUGGGUCCAGAGAAUGAAGGCUUCAAAAUGAUAAUCCAUGGAAUGAACGCUGAGAGGAUCUUAAUUGGCGCCGAAGCACUCGGCUUAGGCUUUGCUGCUAUACGUCGAGCGGCAUUAUAUGCUGGUGAAAGACAUGUAUUUGGCCGCCCUAUAGGACAGAACCAGGGCGUUCAACAUCCCCUUGCGGAAAGUUGGAUGAAACUAGAGGCUGCCCGUAUGAUGAUUUACCAAGCGGCUCGGUUAUACGACGAAGGGUACCAGGGUGGGGAGUAUGCCAACGCCGGAAAGUAUUUGGCUGCUGAAGCUGCAUUUGAGGCCUGUGAGAGGGCGAUACUUGCUCAUGGGGGCAUGGGUUAUGCUAAAGAGUAUCAUGUAGAGAGGUACCUCCGUGAGGUCUUCAUUCCUCGUAUUGCCCCCGUGAGCCGAGAAAUGAUUUUCAACUAUAUUGGGGAGAGGGUGCUUGGGCUACCUAGAUCAUACUAG